GCAGAGUUGCGCACAAUCACCGUGAUGUCUGUUGUACCUACACAUUUAGCUCGUGGCCUUCGCAAGGUCAUUAGAAACACUCAUCAUUGGAACUGGACAGAAUUUCAAUAGCUUGUUCCGAUUGCCUGCCUUUGUCAUCACUGUAGUGAUGGCACCCAUUCUGUCGAGAGCACGCUUGCUCUGCCGUCUACCAACAUCAACAUUGUGUCAGCUUCGUGGAGCAUCCAAUGCCACUGCGCCCGCCCCGCAGACGGCCAUUGUGAUGCUAAAUAUGGGUGGGCCGGCUCGGCUCGAUGAUGUCCACGACUUUCUGCUUCGUCUUUUCUCCGAUACGGACAUCAUCAACCUCCCAGUGCAAAGUCGCCUGGGGCCCUGGAUUGCGCGCCGUCGCACUCCUGCCAUCCAAGAAAAGUAUGCCGAGAUUGGUGGCGGCUCGCCCAUUUUGAAAUGGACCAAUAUUCAGGGUGAAAAGAUGUGUGAACAGCUGGAUCAGAUUUCGCCGGAAACCGCGCCGCACAAGCACUAUGUCGCCUUUCGUUACGUGUCGCCGCUGACGGAGGAGACCGUGCCUGAGGUGGUGGCCAGCGGUGCCAAGCGGGUGGUGCUCUUCAGUCAGUACCCGCAGUACAGCUGCGCCACCGCGGGCAGCAGCAUCAACGCGCUGCACCAGUACUGCCAGCAGCACCCGCUGCCGCCGGACGUGCGUCUGUCGGUGAUCGACCGCUGGUCCACCCACCCGGGCCUGGUGCGCACGUUCGCCGCCAACAUCCGCGCGCAGCUGGAGCAGCUGCCGGAGGAUGUGCGCCGCCAGGUGGUGCUGCUGUUCUCGGCGCACUCGCUGCCGCUGCGGGCGGUGGCGCGCGGCGACCCGUACCCGGCAGAGGUGGGCGCCACCGUGCAGGCCGUGAUGGCAGAGCUCGGCCACUCGCACCCCUACCGACUGGUCUGGCAGUCCAAGGUCGGCCCGCUGCCCUGGAUGGAGCCGGCCACAGAUGCCGCCAUCGAGGCCAUGGCCAAACGCGGCCACAAACAUCUGAUGCUCGUGCCAAUUUCCUUCGUCAACGAACACAUCGAAACUCUGCACGAGCUGGACAUUGAAUAUGCCAAGGACCUGGGUGAGAAGACGGGCGCGUCCAUCUACCGCGUGCCGGCACCGAACGACCAUCCAGAGUUUAUCGGUGCGCUGGCCGACCUCGUGCGCACGCACCUGGCCGAGGGCGGCGGCGUGCGGCCGCAGCUGCUCAUGACGUGCCCCAUGUGCACCAACCCGGCCUGCUUCCCGGCCAAACGGUGGAUCGGGGAGACCGUCAACAGAUCCUGAGUUGUGCAGUUUGGCUGAGUCACACUACAAAGACCGACAAGAUCAACCCGUCACACGACCGUCGCAAACGGACCCAAAGAGGCGAUCUAACGGACAUGUAUGGGUAUUGUCCGAGGCACGCCGGUGGCCCCUUCAACUCGUGAGUGGUCUUUCAUCACGAGUGUCAGAAUAGCUGAACGUAUUAUGUUAUUUACGGUGCUGGUGAAAUGUGUAACCGUGCUAUUUGGAGUAGGGGUGUUGGCGUAUGAUUGUAUCUGAUCGACUCGAUCGGAGUAGUUUUUGGUCCUUUGUGCCGAUGUUCGGUGCCCCUGGGAAUUAGAUAUGGCGAGAAGUGCGACACGGCCUGAUUAUUUAUAGGCUUUUUCGAGAAAUGUCUCCCUAUAUAAAAGCCUUCGAGCGAGCACUGACGAUGUCGUGGCUGGGUGUCAAGCGCUAUUAAAGCCUCAGUGCUUUUUGUUUGAAAUUGGUAUUCACUGCUGCAUUGCUUAUAUGAUUUGGUGACUGAAACGAAAACGAUGAAUGGCUGCAAAGACAUAAUUUGUUACACUUCCGAGGGAGUCAAACUUCUAUUUCAUUUUGACAUGUAUGAGACAAUAAAAUGUUUUAUUGUGAUGUUAAUUAAUGGAAAGUUGCAUAGUCUUCCUUCGUGUGGGAUGACGAAAAUGGCGUGUCCUCAAACAGCUGACUGAGGCCAAAUGCCUGAAGUAUUUUUAAAGCUUUAUAAUACAUACGUUUUGUUUUC